AUAUAAAUGGCGCUGCAAGUUUUAAUAAUAAAGCUUGAGUGAGAUCUAUCUAAUACCCCGGGAAUAGGUUACAUUAGAAUAUUUAAAAAAAUAUAUUUAAAAUGUACUAUAGAAGACGUAAAUUUCAUCUUAUUUUUGGAAUUUCUGCAAGCAUUACAGCAUACUGUGUUAAUCUUAUGCCACAUACAAUAUUUCUUGAUAAAUUGGAGAACACUGUUGCUUUUUAUCGUCGUGGCGUUAGACUACGUAUAAAUAAUAAAGUAAAAGAACUAUGCAAAGAGGUAAUGGAUGACUUAAAAAUUCCCGAAAAUACUCAGUCUCUCAUAAAACCAUUUUACGUUUUUGGUUUUCAUCCUUUUCAUGCUGGAACAUUAAAUAAAACUUUUGGAGGAAUUAUUGGUAUUCCUUCAAAUUUUUUAUUUCGUGAUACUGCUGAUGCAUCAGUUGAAAAAUUAGUUAUAAAUAAUAAAGAACUUGAUCAGAUGAAAGUAGAAGCAAAUGAUUUAUUUGAUAGUUUAAUACUUUCAAAAAAUGCACAAAAAUAUGUAAUAGCACGUGAAAUUUUAAAAAUUCUAAGUAAUGAGGUAUAUUCAUUUGCAGGUAGUUUAUCUUGUAUUGUUAUAAUCAUGACAUCAAUUUAUAGUAACAUAGUGCAUAAAUUUAAUUUAUAUGAGAAAAAAGCAUCAUACCGUCGUAUAUUAUAUUUAUUUUUUACGUUAGUUGGAUACGCUUUCUGGGUUGCAUUUAAAGAUGCUGUACGUUGUCAUAUUGAUGCCAGUAUCGAUGAAAAUAUAUCAAAAUUAGGUUUAAAUUAUAUAGACGGAGGAAGGGAAUAUUAUGAGAAAGAACUGAAAAAGAAUAUUGCAUUGAGAUCGCUUAUGGAAAAAGAUGGAGAAAAGUCUUAUCAUGUUAAUGGAAAUGAAAAACACUGGGGAUUUAUGUCACUCCCUCUUUCUGAGAGAAAAAGUUUUUUUGAAUCAAAACACUUAAAACUAUAAAAUAUUCAAUAUGACAGACAAUUUCUUACUUUAAGACCUUAUGUACGUAUUAUGUAAAUAUUUUUCAAUAAAAUAUUAAAUGAAUUUUUAUGCUCUACUUAA